AAGAGAAAGCAGAGAAGCUAAAAGGGGAAGAAGAGGAGUUUGGAUAGAGCGAGAAGGGAGAGAAAUGGCAGCGGUAGCUAGUCAGAAGCUUCUGGAAUUGAGCACCAAGAUCGUCGCUGUCGGCAGAAACUACGCUGCCCACGCCAAAGAGCUUGGCAACGCUGUUCCCAAGGAACCCGUCUUGUUUAUCAAACCGACGUCGUCUUACUUGAAAAACGGCGGAAUCAUCCAAAUUCCACACAACGAAGGCUCUCUGCACCAUGAGGUUGAACUUGCUGUAGUCAUCGCCAAGAAAGCGCGUGAUGUGUCAGAAUCCUCUGCCAUGGAUUACGUCGCUGGUUAUGCACUGGCUCUGGAUAUGACUGCUAGGGACCUUCAAACUGCUGCAAAGUCUGCAGGUCUUCCAUGGAGUUUGGCAAAAGGCCAGGACACUUUCACCCCAAUUAGUUCAAUUUUGCCAAAGACUGCAGUGCCAAACCCUGACGAUAUAGAAUUAUGGUUAAAGGUAGACGAGGAAAUUCGGCAAAAGGGCUCAACCAAGGACAUGAUCUUUAAGAUCCCUUUUCUAAUUAGCUAUAUAAGCUCUGUAAUGACAUUGUUUGAAGGAGAUGUUAUACUAACUGGCACUCCACCGGGUGUUGGACCAGUGAAAGAGGGUCAAAUAAUUACUGCCGGUAUUACAGGCCUUGUGGACGCACAGUUCAAUGUUGAGAAAAGAGCAAGGCCCAUACAUUCUUCAUAAACCUUCGAUGCCACUUCAGUUCUACAGCAGGAUUCUUGCAGAAGAGAAACAGGGGGACUCAAUAAAAGUUGAUAUAUGGGCUUCGGAGUUCAGAGUCUACAGACACUGGGCCUAGUAUUUUUUUUUCAAUUUAUUUAUGGUCUUCGAAUCGGUGCUUCAAUAAGUUGGGUGUGCUGUUUUAUACCGUGGAUAAUGGUGACUUAGCCCAUGAAUUAAAAAAAAAUGGUCUUCAAUUGUCACGAGUAGAAAGGAUUUUGGUGAAUUCUGCUAAA